UCCAGCAAGGCAAUAAUUACUCUCUGGCGCAUAGCCUGCUUAAAAAGAGGGUAUUGGAGAUCCCUGAUUUCUCAGCUAUAUCUCUUCCUCCUCCCUCCUUUGCCAAGAAAGAUUGGGAUUUGCAAAAACACUUCUUCUCUUUUGCUUUAUAUCAACUAUUGAAAAAGAGAAAUCAAGAGAUGGGUAGCAAUUAUUUUGGAGAGCCAAACAUGGGAAAUGAUGGAAGAGGAACAGGAUCUUCAAGAAAAGGGAAGAAGAACUCAGAUAAGCCAAAGCAGCCACAGAGAGGGCUUGGUGUUGCUCAAUUGGAGAAGAUCAGAUUACAUGGCCAAAUGGGUUGCAGCAGCUACCAAUACCCCCCACUUCCUUCUCCAUACCCUAAUAAUUUCCAUCAGGAAGAUAUGAGAUUGCAGAGUACAGGUGCUGCUGCUUAUUCAUCCAUUUCAACAUCUUCUUCUUUUCCCUAUUCAUCAUCCUCAUCAGCUUCCUCAGCUUCUUAUGGAUUCCAACCCAGCAUGAUGAUGGGGGUAGGAGAAUAUGAAAGAGGAAACAUCAGAUAUGGUGAUUCCCAAUCUACUGCUGCAAGUUGGAACCCCAGCAGUGGCAUGUUAGAUACUCAACAUUUUGGACAACCAAGCAUGACCAGGCACUUCCUAAGCCCAGUUGUUGAGGAUGCACAACCAAAGAAGAACAAAAAACACCGGAGCCACUCAUCAGUGGGCUCUACCAGUCAAAAUUCAGAAUCAAGUGAAACACAAGAACCAGAUUUGGAGCUAAGAUUAUCGCUUUAGUCAAUGGCAUUUUAUGCGUUGAGCUUAAAAUUGUAAGUUCAAGACAAGCAACUUGAUCCUUGGGAAAUUGCACAUAAUUUGAGCAAGCAUAGAUGAACUUUAGAUUGUCUUAUGUUUCUUGGGAAGGGAUUGUCUUGUGUAACGAGAAAUUUCUCACUGUUCAUGAAUUUUCAAGGAUGAGAAAGCAACAAAGUUUUUUGUUUUCU